CCUUCUCUGUAUUCAUGCAGUAAAAUGGCAGAAGCCAGAUUUUCUCAGGAUGAGUUCAUGUGUCCAGUGUGUCUGGAUCUCCUGAAGGAUCCAGUAGCCAUUCCCUGUGGACACAGUUACUGUAAGAGCUGUAUUACAGGCUGCUGGAAUCAUGAAGACAAGAAGAGAGUCUACAGCUGCCCUCAGUGCAGACAGACCUUCAGAGCAAGACCUGCUUUAGCUAAAAACACCAUGCUGGCUGAAGUGGUGGAGAAACUGAAGAAGACUAAACUUUUUGCUGACUGUUAUGCUGGAGCUGGAGAUGUGCAAUGUGACGUCUGUACUGGAAGAAAAUACAAAGCCGUCAAGUCCUGUCUGGUGUGUCUGAACUCUUACUGUCAAACUCACCUAGAGCAACAUGAGAGUUUGUUUAAAGGAAAGAGACACAAUUUGACUGAUGCUACUGGACGACUGCAGAAGAUGAUCUGCCGGAAACAUGACAAGCUCCUUGAAGUUUUCUGUCACACUGACCAAAAAUGUAUUUGUAUGAUGUGUACAAAGUAUGAACAUAAAAACCACAACACUGUAUCAGCUGGAGAACAGAGGACAGAGAAACAGAAUCAGCUGAAGGAAACACGAAGGAGGUUCCAGCAGAGAAUCCAGCAGAGAGAGAAAGAUUUUCAGCAGCUUAGAAAGGCUGUGGAGUCUCAUAAGCGCUCUGCACAGACAGCAGUGGAGGACAGUGAGAGGAUCUUUACUGAGCUCAUCCGCUCUAUUGAGAGAAGCUGCUCUGGUGUUACACAGCGGAUCAGAGAUCAGGAAAAGGCUGUAGUGAGUCCAGCUGAAAGACGACUGAAGCUACUUAAGCAGGAGAUCAAUGGUCUGAGGAGGAGAGACGCUGAACUGGAACAGCUUUCACACACACAGGAUCACAUCCAUUUCCUGCAGAGUUUCCCGUCUCUCUCAGCACCUCCUGAAUCUACAGACAUACCCAUCAUUCCCUUCAGUUCUCAGUUCAUUUCUUUUGAUGGCGUGAGAGAAUAUGUCCAUCAGCUGAGAGACAAACUGGAGGAUUUCUGCAAAGAGGAUCUAAAAAAGAUCUCUGAUGGAGUCACAUUCACCAACAUUGCUCCCAGGACCAGGAAUGAAUUCCUACAAUAUUCCCAUCAGCUCACUAUGGAUCCGAACACAGUGAAUAAACGCUUCCGUCUGUCUGAAUGGAACAAAAUGAUCACUGUCACUGACACAGAGCAGCCAUAUCCUGAUCAUCCUGACCGAUUUAAUGGAUAUAAUCUUCAGGUGUUGUGUAGAGAGAGUGUGUGUGGACGCUGUUACUGGGAGUUGGAGUGGAAUGGGAAUAAUGUAUUUAUAUCAGUGUCAUAUAAGUGCAUCCGCAGGAAGGGAUGGGGUAAAGAGUGUUUGUUUGGACGUAAUGGUCAUUCCUGGAGUUUGUUCUGCUCUCCCUCCAAAUACUCAUUCAUACACGGCAAUGUAGAGACUAAACUUCCUAUAAAGCGCAUCAGCAGUAGAAUAGGAGUGUAUGUGGAUCACAGUGCAGGAACUCUGUCCUUCUACAGCGUCUCUGACACAGUAAGCCUCAUUCACACAGUACAGACCACAUUCACUCAACCGCUCUAUCCUGGGUUUAGGGUUUAUUAUAAAUCUGGGUUUGGUAUUGGAUCAUCAGUGAAACUGUGUAGAUGA